GAGUAACCCGACCACUGCUUUUUAUCACCCCACAAAACAACCGCCACUUUCAAAUUUCAAACCACAUCACACAUACAUUUCAAAACCCUAGCAAAUCACAAAUCACAAAUCACUACUCUCUUCUUCUUCUCCAAUCACAGAGAGAGAUAGAGAGAGAUAGAGAGAGAUGGAAGCACAGGAAAAGCAAAUGCACAGUCAGUUCUCCUCACCACUCCCAAACCGCACAUCUUCAAUCUUCAAGGACAUCUCCAAUUUCAAAACCCCCAAAUCCACUUUCUCCAAAACCCUAACUCAACCCUCCCCCAAACACUUCUUCACCGCCUCCAAACAAACCCCCAAAACCACCACCACUCUCCGUCGCCCCCGCCCUUCCCUCGCUCCCCCCUCCCAUUCCAAACUCGCCGCCUCUCGCAGACUCAAAGCCUUCGAGAUCGAACAAUCUAAGUCAGCGCGAAAGGCGCAGAUCGCCAAAGAGAAUUCACUGAAAUCACUCACUUCUUCGCUCUCUGCUUGGCUUAAUUUCUUGUUUGAGAAUCCUAGGGCUUGUGGCUGUGACAUUGCUAGGUUGACUGGUCAGGAUGAGGGCUCUGAGGUUGCGGCUUCGAGGAAUGGGAAGAGAGAUAGUGUGGAGAAUGGGGAGGUUGUGUUUGAUAGGAUGUGGAGAGGACCGAAGCGUGUGAAAGAUGAGGUGUGGUGUAAUCGAGAUGGGGGAGAGACUACAUUGUUUAGUCACUCGAUGUUUUCGGAAUUGAGGGAGUCUUUGAAGGAGGUCUGUAGCUUCGAUGAUUUGAAAGAUCGGAUGGGGGUUUAUUUGAGUUUGGGGAGUUGCAAGGAGAUUUUUGAUGUGAUGACACGCGUGACAAAGAAUAUUGAUAGUGGAAGAAUCAAAAUGAAGUCGAAUUGCUCCAUAGUAACUGAUGUUGGUAUGAAGCAAAGAGCUAUGAGAGUCUUGAUGUGUUAUAAUCCUAUCUGGCUACGAAUAGGGUUAUACAUUAUAUUUGGAGGUAAUACUUUGUUACCUAAUGGAGACGUCAGUUCGGAGCAUGAAAUAUCUUUCUUAAAGAUGGUUAUUGAGAAGCAGUUUUUCUCACAUGCUGGUCUAGCUGAAUUCUAUGUCUAUAACAAGUUGGUCGCUGGUUUGUAUAGGCCAGGUUACUUUGAGAAAUUGGGGGGUAUUAUCUUAAAGAGGUUUCUGUUACUAGUUUUAAUACUUGACAGAGCUAAGUGUCAAAGCAGUCUUCCUAUAAAUCAUGGCAUUGAUGGGUUAGAUGGCGGUUCUCCUUUACUAUUCACUUUACAAUCGACUGUUAAAUCAAGUCAGCAAAUGAUCCAAGACUUUUUAACUUCGGAUGUGAUGCAUGGGGAAGGCAAUCUUCUUGCACACCUAGUGAUUGUGGGGUUCAAAGUAUUUUAUGUGCAGAGUCCUCUCAGUGAGUACGAUUUUAGAGUAACUAAUCUUUUCGAAGAUCUUCAAGAUGGAGUGCGCCUGUGCAGAGCAGUUCAGCUCUUGCAGCAUGACUCUUCUAUCCUCACGAAACUGGUGUUUUCAUCAGACACUCGUAAAAAGAAUUUAACCAACUGUGGCAUUGCGUUUCAACAUUUAAAGCAAGUUGGUGUUGCAUUAUAUGAUGAAGACGGUACUGUGGUAGUUGGUGAAGACAUUGUUAAUGGUGAUAAGGAGCUCACACUUUCUUUGCUCUGGAAUGUAUUUGUUCAUUUGCAGGCUCCACUUCUUAUCAACAAAUUUCUUCUCUCGGAGGAAAUUCAUAAAAUACGUGGAGUUGGUGUGGAGCAAUCAAACACAUGCACUCCAAUGGACAUGCUUCUGCAUUGGAUCCAGGCAAUAUGUGAAAAUUACAACUGCAAGGUUGAUAACUUUGCUUCCAUUGUUGAUGGAAGAGCCAUGUGGUGCUUGAUGGAUUAUUACUUUCACAGUGAUAAUCAUUUGCCAUGUUCGUUCAAGAUUAGCAAGGAUAUGCAUGGGGAAGACAAUGGAACUGUUGCGGAAGCAUCACUUAUGUCCACAGCCAACUAUACAGAUGCAGUGCACAAUUUUCUGAUGUCGCAGAAAUUGACAACAUUACUGGGGAAGUUUCCAGAGGUUCUUCAGGUCAGUGACCUGCUUGAACAUAAUGGUGUUUGUAAUGACCGUAGUGUGAUCAUCCUGUUGGUGUUUCUAUCAUUUCAGCUGGUUGUUAAAAGGAAUACGGACCAGCUGAAUUUUCAUAAACUCCUGGGAUAUAACAGUGCAAGCGCAGGUCGGAAACAUCAUAAUAGUGGAAGAUCUACGCAAUCUGAAGCAAUAGAAAAAGUUGAAUACCAUGAUACGACUCACAAUUUCAAGGCCAUCAUGGCUUGGUGGAGAGAGAUGGCUGAAAGUAAUGAGAAGUGUAACCUACGUCCAGCUAGUCCUACAGUGGAAUGUUUUUCAGCUGCACGACCUAUUACCAAGACUCCUAGUGAAAUUCCUUCAAUUUCUUGCAUUGAACAUGAAGGGAUUGGUCUUCAAGAGAAAGCAGCAACAAGCAUUCAACUUUCUUGGAAAUCUUUUGUUUCACGUAACAAUUUCCGUCGUCAGCAUUCAGCUGCCAUUAUAAUUCAAAGAUAUUACCGUGGAUGGGUGCUGAGGAGGGGUUUUUUGAAUCAGAAACAUGCGGCAAUAACUAUUCAAAGCAUGCUUAGAUGCAUAAAGUGUUGUAGGGAUUUCCAGUGCUACAAAAUCGCCACCAAGUCGGCAAUCAUCAUCCAAUCUGUUCUACGUGGAUGGAUUGCUCGAAGACAAGCUAGUAGACGUAGAUAUAGGAUACUUAUGAUCCAAGGCCAUUGGCGUGCUUGGUUGGCACAAAAGAAGAUUUCCAAUUCUCGUAAGGUUGCUGCUACACAAAUUCAACGUUGUGUGAGGGGAUGGAUAGCUCGAAAGAGGCUUGUAGAUAAUUUUGAUGCAGGAUCUUCUUCCCUAUAUAAAACUGCUAGUUAUGGUUACAUCAGUAAAAUUGGAAGGCAUGACUUCCAGAGUCGUGAACUCAAGAUAGUCCUCCACUCUAUCCUGAAAUUGCAGCUGUGGUGGAGGCAUAACUUGUUAGCUAAAGCAAGAAUAAAUUCAGUAGUUACUAUUCAGGCUCAUGUUCGAGGGUGGAUUGUUCGGCAGGAAGCUACGCGGAAAAGGCAGUGUAUUGUGUUAAUCCAAAGUUGUUUGCGUGGCUGGCUGGGGAGAAAGAAGUUCUUCUGUUCUCACAGGACUGAUGCUGCUGUGAAAAUUCAGAGUCUUGUUAGGGGAUGGAUUUUCCGAAAGAGGCUUUUAAGGGAUUCUCUUUGUAAAACUGUGCCUGAGACUUACACUAGUGAAACAAAAAGUUGCUUCCGAAGUCCAGAGACGAAGAAGGUUGUGCGUUGUGUUUUGAAAAUACAAAAGUGGUGGAAGGGUAUUUUAUUGUUAAGGGCUAGAAAGAAAUCAAUACUUAUCGUUCAAGCUUAUGUUCGUGGGUGGCUUGUCAGGCAGGAGACUACUAGAAAAAGACGGUGCACUGUUAUUAUUCAAUCACACUGGAAAGGCUACCUAGCACGGAAGGAUUCGAAGGGACGCCUGCUUGAUCUACGCUUGAGAAUGCAAAAGUCUGCUGCAAAUGUGGAUAAUAGCAUGCGCAUUUUAAACAGACUUAUUGCUGCCCUUUCAGAACUACUGACAAUGAAAAGUGUCAGUGGCAUUCUCCAUACAUGUGAAACUCUAGAUAUGACUACAAGAUACUCACAGAAGUGCUGUGAAGAACUUGUGGCUGCUGGAGCAAUUGACACUCUGCUUAAGCUGAUCAGCUCAGUCAGCAGAAGCAUUCCUGAUCAGGAAGUAUUAAGACACUCACUUUCUACUCUAAGAAACCUUGCACGCUAUCCACAUUUGACUGAAGUACUGAUCAAUACUAGAGGGGCUGUAAAAACAAUUCUGUGGGAGUUUUUACGAAACAAAGAGGAGGGAUAUUUCAUUGCUUCUGAACUUUUGGAGAAGAUAUGCUUGAAUGGGAGAGGCAUCGAGUCUUUACUUCAACAACCAGUUCUCUUGAAGCGAUUAAGGAACCUUGUCGACGAUCUCCAAAGGAGAGCAGAUAAUGAGAAAAGGAAUCCAAGAAGUUUAGCCGGAAGAGAGCAUAACCAGAGAAGAUUAAAAGUGGCUACAGAACUCUUACGGUUGAUUGCUAGUGGUUAAGCAAACUUAGAUGUUGAAUGUUGCAAAUACAAUACUUAUUCGUUCUGUCUUCUUCAAAGCCAUUAGUCAGUUCAAAACUUCAGCUCCCAAAAUAUGAAUAUCCAGUCAGUAAGCUUGUAUAUUGAAUCAGUGUUUUAGUUUUACACUAGCAGAACUUGUACUUUUAAUGAACAUAGCUAUAUUUCUCGCCA